CGAGGCCAAGUCGAGUAAACGCAAUAACAACUACACCACCACCGCCAUGUCCAGGACGCUGCGCUCAGCGCUGACAAUCGCCCAGGGCAUCCCUGGCCCCUCGCGGCCGCUCUUGCGGCCCGUCGUUGCGCCCAUCGCCACGUCGUCUGUGGCUUCCUCGCGCUCCCUGUUCGACUUUGCCAACUUCAAGCUGCCCAACUGGCGCCGGAGCGCCAAGAAGGAGGACGAGACGGACGCCGCUGCGCCUGCCGCGCCUGCCGAGGCUGAGAAGAAGGACGGCGGCCUGUUCGAGGAAGUUGUGGAGGAGGCCGAGGUGGCCGAGAAGAAGUUGAAGAAGAAGACGUGGACCGAGCACUCGUACAAGUCGGGCCUGCACAAGGGCUCGCACCGCCGUCUGAACCAGAUCUCGCGGCAAGUUGCCGGCCUGCCGGUCGACGAGGCGGUCGUCCAGCUGGCCUUUGGCGACAAGCGUGCGGGCCGCACAUGGGUGAAGAGCACUCUUGCGCUGGCACGCGACCACGCCGAGGCCAAGGGACUCGCGCGCGAGAAGCUCGUCGUCGCCGAGACGUGGGUGUCCAAGGGCCCCAAGGUCGCGCGGCUCGACAUCAAGGGCCGCGGACGCUUCGGCAUCAAGCACCACGGCUCGGCGCGCAUCCACUUUGUCCUCCGCGAGGGCAAGACAUGGUCCCAGAAGCAGGAGGCAGAGCGCAACAAGGUGCUCCGCAAGGUGCGCUCGGCGGGCGUCGUGCGCGAGGACGGCAAGCUCCGUCGCAAGACGAUCGACGGGUGGGCGUGGUAGGGCAGUAUGCAUUGCAUGGUUCGGA